UCCAAACACCACCACCUCUUUUUAUUCUCCCUUUCCCCCCAAAUCCAACGUUCGUAAAUCAUCUUUAACCUACCAUCCCCUCAUCUCAGCCGUUACAUCAUCAAAUAUUUCAGCACAUUUGUUUAAUCAUCUGUCUUCCUGUCCUUUAGUUGAUCCCCCAUUGUUUUGUAGAUGAAUCCUAUGUUGUACCUUCAGGUUCUUUAAACCUGCUCAUCUGUCUCUCUUCUUCUCUCUCUGUUACUACAUUUAUACAUCUUUCAUCUUCGUUAAUGCUAAAGUUAAAAAAUACAGCAUAUUUGCAUGGUUGAUUGCCUAAUUUUUUAGGCAUUACCCGUUAUUUGUAUUGAUUUUGUAAUCACAACUGCAGUGAUCAUUACAAAUGUUGGUGCCGCCAUGGCUGGAGUCUUUGUUAUCUUCAACAUUCUUCACAAUUUGCCCUAGACACAGAGAUGCGCCGCGUAAUGAAUGCAAUAUGUACUGCCUUGAUUGCAUGAACGAUGCGUUUUGCUUCUACUGCCGAUCUUCAAGACACAAAGAUCAUCCUGUAAUUCAAAUCAGACGAUCGUCAUAUCACGAUGUUGUUAGGGUUGCUGAAGUUCAAAAGGUUUUGGACAUCAGUGAAGUUCAAACUUAUGUUAUAAACAGUGCCAGAGUUGUAUUUUUGAAUGAAAGACCCCAACCCAAGGGUCCUGCUGGCAAAGGGGUUUCUCAUCUUUGUGAAGUUUGUGGGAGAAGUCUUUUAGAUCCCUUUCGUUUUUGUUCAUUGGGAUGUAAGCUUGCAGGAAUAAGAAAAAAUGGGGAUGCAACGUUUAUAAUAAACAGCAGCAAGAAUGAGGCAGAAAUGUCGCAAACAAGAGAAGGAAUACAAAGAAGAUUGGGAUCAAAGGAAGAAGAAGAAGAAUUGCGUGAAGGAAGACCACAAGACAUUUAUGGACGCACGCCUCCUCCACCUCAAUCUAAUUCUAGGAGAAGAAAAGGCAUCCCCCAUAGAGCACCUUUCGGGACCUAAUAAAUAAUAUUUAAUCCACAGCAAUGCUAUGGGUAAACACUUUUUUAUACACAAUCACAUGAUGAUACAUCAUUUAUACAUAUAAUUGUGUAUCUAAAAGUGUAUAUUGUUUAAUCAAAUGUAUUUACAUAUAAUUUCCUGUUAA